AUGACUGCCAAUUGUGUUGUGCUUAAAGAUUCUUCUUCACUUCCUUUUCUUCUUAAGAAGUAUUUUCUAACCACUUCACAGGUCUUCAAGUGUCCUAAUGCUGGUACUAAUCACCGGACGUCUUGUAAUCUCAAACUCAGAGGGGACAAACGAGUUUCUUCAGAACUGCUGUGCUUAUCCCUUUAUUUAACAAAUGAUUACGUUCAGGUGACAAUGAGAUCACGAAAAGUCUUUAAUAAUCUAAAAGUUUUAUCCGAAUUUCAACACAUUGAAAUUCCCUUAGCAAACCUUCCUCAUGAUUUUUUAACAGCACCAAUUCGUUAUUUCCGAUUUCGAGUUCAGAACGAAGAGAAAAGAAAAUUAAUUUCAUCGCCUCUUGAAGACAGUUGCAGUGCCAUGAGGAAUUUUAAAAUGUCAUGA